AUGGACUCAGCAAAAAAUAUGGCCUAUAGACAGCUCAGCUCUGUCGUCAACCCAUCCAUCUCUACAAAUUUCGAACCGCCAACGAUAAUCAACGGCAGUCAGUUCAACAGGACGACUCUUAGCGAUAAUUUUCAGAAGCAAGAACAAUUCUUCGAAAGAAUUGCUACACUGUCGACUUCUGAGCAGAAAUCUUAUGGGUACAGUGUGAGUGACUUGAUAAACUACUGCACAUACAUGGGGGAACGGUGUGAUUUAUCCAAGGCUUUCAAUAGUCCAUUCUUCGGAACGAUCGAUAUUGAUAUGAACGAGAGAUUUGUACUAAUACCUCGUUCUUUUGUGCUAAUCGAUGAACUUUUCGUUCAUGUCUUGUCUCAGUUGUUGAAAUAA